AUGAAACGUGGUGACAGUCGCCCAUCCUGGCUAAGACAUCCCCCUUUAUCGGUGGCUGUCCGUUGUGAGUCACCGCUUGACUCACUCCGAUGGCAAUCGGCGACACUGCACCAUCUAGAGAUGAGUGCUGUGGACGGCGCUGAUCCAAAUGUAGCUCUUGAGCCACUGGAUGCAAAAGCUGAAGAAGAGGAACGCUAUCGUCUGAAAAUGGUUGCUCUUCAAGAGUGCUACGAUAAUGUUGCUCUGCAAUCGGUUCGCCUCCGUGAACGCAUUUAUCAAGUGAAGAAGCAGUGCCGUCGGCUAGAGGUGAUGAAGCGAGUAGCACUCAAUAUGCUUCAUCAGAAUACUGGCACGUACGACAUUCCUCCAUUAGAGAUUGUCGAUGAGGAUCCUUUGCCGUCGUUUUUGGAAUCACUACACAAGCAACAACAUGUGGUCGCGGAACCUCCUCGCAAAAAGUCAAAAAGGCCUUCGCGAAGUAAAUCAGAUGGGAAGCCGACGCCUGAGGAAGAAGAGCGUGCGAAGCAGAAGAUCUACAGCAUAAUCGAUAGUGUAUAUAGUGAAACAGCAAGGAGAAUGGGCGACGCUUUGAAGAAACCAUCGCGCAAUCCAAAUAUGAUGACAGCAUCGAGUUCGGAACAAAGUUCUAGAAAAGUUGGUGACUUGACCAUGUCGUCGAACCACACUUCGCCUGGGGAAGCGAAUGUGAAGACUAUACGCGUCGAGCAUGAAAUCAAGCCUGAAAUACAUAAGGAUUCCUCAUCCAUACCACUGAAUCAGGGAGAUGUCGCUGGUGCAAAAGAACAGUCAGAAAGUGGGCAUACUCUGACCAGUUUUGACGCAAUGGCUGCUGCUUACGAACCACUGAUGAACUCGGACGAGAGCAUGGCAUACGAUUCUGGUCCAUUGUCCAGUAAAACGAGCCACAAUAUGUCGGCAAGCUCGUCCAGCUUAGGAUUUACAUAUGGAGAUAGCAACGAUGGUGUGCAAGAUCUUAGUCGGGGAGCCAGUGCCUCCAAUAGUCCUGCAUAUGAAGCGACUUUGGAAACGCUUCAGUCUAUGAACUAUCAUUUUGACGGUGAUGGUUUGACACCGAACAUUCAAAAACCUGUGGAUUGCGAAGUGCCUCGAGAAGGGAACUCAAUGUAUAAUCUGACCAACUCUAUAGUUUCUCCUGUACAAAAUCACUCAGACAAUAUGGAUCCAGGCCGCACUGCUCCUUACUCGAAAAUAGGAUGCCCAAACAAAGCUGUACUUUCGAACGAACGAGAACAUCUUUCGCAACAUACAGAUUUGACUUUUGAUAAAAGCCUCAGCUCAUCACCUCAUCAUCUGGAUGGAGAGAAGAUGAACCAUGCCAGUGGCAGCGGGGAUCCACCACAGCCUUCAAAGAAAAGCAGGCUUACAGCCAGAAAUGAUGUCAAGCAGGAUACCAAAACAGCUAUUGCACCACCUCUUCCCAAUUACAUUCCAUAUCGGAUGAUCGAAGUUGAGACUCCUAAACCAGUGGAAGUAAUCACGAUCGAUUCUGGCGAUGAGACGUCUUCUCCAAAACAAAUCCGAAAACGUCGACGCAAAUACAAAUACGUUGUCGAGAGCGUUCUGGAUAAUGUGCCAUAUACCUUCCGUCAGGCUGAAUCAGACGAUGAAGAAGUUGCUGACAAGCAGUCCACGACCGUCAGUACUCCAGUUCGAACUGCGACUGACUAGUCGGCACCCCGUAGUGCCCAAUUUUCAUUCCGGUCAAUUUCUUUGGUGAUCUGUGCUCUUUUAGGAUUCCAAAUUUUUGAAGAUUAUAUGCUUCCCUGUUUUUUUCCUUUCAUUUCCUUACUUGUUUUAUGAUCAUCAUUUAGAAUACUGCUCAUAAUUUAUGCUUGUGUAUGAAGUUCCACCUUCAAUUAUCUCAUUUUUCAAUUUGUUAGGUAC